AUGGAUGCUAAGAUCCCCUUCAAGGAGGAACCGAACCAGGUCCAUGUCGAGGAUCCUCUGUACGAGUCCUCGUCUGAACUUGAGCAGCUCACAUACGGUGGAAAGGGCAUAAAGGGCGUUCUUGCCUCUCCUUAUGUCGCCUCAGCGGCCGUCCUAGCCUCGCUAGGCGGUUUCUCUUUUGGCUAUGACCAGGGUGUCAUCAGCAUCAUUUUAGUCAUGGACCAGUUCCGCGCCACAUUCCCCGAAAUCGACCCGGGCCACAGCAGUUACGGCUUCAACACUGGUUUCAUGACGGGUAUGCUUGAGCUCGGGGCCUUUCUCGGCUGCCUUUUCUUCCCCUACGUCGCCGACAAGAUUUCUCGCAAGUACGCCAUCACCAUGGCUACUGCUUUCUUCACCGUCGGAGCUGUCAUCCAGACUGCGUCUCAUAACUACGGAACGCUCGUUGCCGGUCGAACUAUCGGUGGCAUCGGUGUCGGUCAGCUUGCCAUGGGCGCCCCCCUUUACAUCUCUGAAGUCGCCCCCCCUAACAUGCGUGGCUCUCUGCUCGUGCUUGAGCAGUUCAGCAUUGUAUUCGGCGCCAUCGUCGCAUACUGGGUCACCUAUGGCACACGCAGCCUCGCCGGUGAUAUUGCCUUUCGUCUCCCCUUUGGCCUCCAGAUGAUCCCCGCUCUCAUCGUCGGUCUUGGGAUUCUCGCCUUUCCGUUUUCACCCCGCUGGCUCGCUAUGCGUGGUCGCAACCAAGACUGCCUCCAGUCCUUGACCAAGCUCCGCCGUGUCCCGUUAGAUGAUGGCCGUAUCCAAGCCGAGUGGAGGAGCAUCGUCUGCGAGGUCAAGUUCGAGCAGGCCGUCCUUGAGAAGCAGCACCCCGGCCGCAAGGGCGUCGCCCUCGAGGCCCUACAGUGGGUUGAUCUUUUCAAGCCCAAGAUGAUCCGCCGUACCGCAAUCGCCCUCGCCGUCUCCUUUUUCCAGCAGUUCUCGGGUAUUAACGCCUUCGUCUACUACGCUCCUACCUUUUUCCGCGCCCUAGGCCAGGAUAAUGAAAUGUCUCUGAUCCUUGCCGGUAUGGUUAACAUCAUACAGCUCAUCGGUGUGAUUCCCGUCUUCAUGUUCCUCGACAAAAUUGGUCGUAGAAGGCUCGCCAUUUUCGGUGGCAUCGCCAUGGCCAUCCCUCAUCUGAUCAUGUCUGGUAUCGUGAGCAAGUAUGACGGCAACUGGACCAGCAACAGCAACAUGGGUUGGUUCGGCGUCGCCCUCAUCUACAUUUACGUCCUCUUCUUCGCCAUGUCCUACGGCCCUCUCGGCUGGACUCUUCCUGCCGAAGUCUUCCCCAGCUACAACCGUGCCAAAGGUGUCGGCUGUGCUGUUGCCGUCAACUGGCUCGCCAACUUUGUCAUCGGCGUCAUCGUCCCCGAGAUGCUUAUCCAACUCGGUUGGGGCACCUAUCUAUUUUUCGGCUGCUUCUGCAUUGCCGCCGCUACCUUUGCCUACUUUGUCAUUCUUGAGACUGCCCGGAAAUCGCUCGAGGAGAUUACUGAAAUGUUCGAGGGUGAGAGCCUCUCUGCGGAGACGGAGCUUCGCAGGCAGAUCCGUACAGGGGUUCAAACUGAGCUUGCCGAGGGUGCUUAG